AUGGAGGACGACAACACCGAUUUGGGCGAUUGCCAUACCAAGUGGCUAGAGAGAAUGGAAUCUUUGGCUAACUCCACCAACGACUGCAAUGUCACUGAUGAGCGUCAGACACCAAAGGAAUGGCUGGAGGCGCUCACUAAGCUGAACUUUGCAGACCCUGCCUCUGUUGUCAACAUUCUCGAUUUGCUCGAGUAUACCGUCGGGAAAUUCAUUCUGUGCACUGGUAAAGACGCCUUUACUGUUUCGCGAGAUCCUGGGGCUAUGAGUGUUGAGGAAGCGCCAGGCGUUGAUCGCCACAGUCUUCUUGAAGGGCUUUUGACUCUUGAAUUCUUCCGCAGGUCCAAAGCUCAACCUGCUCCAACGGAUGAACAAGCACGCGAAUCUUCACCAGCCGGUCAACAUCUUCCUUCUGUCGUAUUGCCUGUCGGACGCUUGUGCAAAGGAUACACAACAGAAACUGGUAGUUUAGAUACGGAUGAGACUGGCUAUGUCCUGGUCGUUGAUGCCAUCACGCCUGGGCAUCCUGUAUGGCUGAUCUAUGAUCCCAAUCAAGAUGAUGACUUGGGUGAGGAACGUAUUAUCGUCCAUCCGGCUAAUGCCCCCUUGGUCUUUGAAGGCAUUGGGCACAAUUUCGACGCCGCCCAGAUCUUCCCGAGCGUUCAAGACUGGAUCCAGUCCCAUGGAAAUGUCGACUUCGCCCAGAUCGAGGAGUCUAUCAAAGCGACUUGUCUAACCGGUUCUGUGCAGGCUAAGGAAAUUCUCUUGUCAAAGGCUCAAGAGCUUUUCCCCCAGUAA